GUCAGGAUCGCAGUGAAGCCACUUUAAUAAAGAGGUUUAAAGGUGACGGUGUCCGAUACAAAGCAAAACUGAUUGGGAUAGAUGAGGUUUCUGCCGCACGAGGAGACAAGUUAUGCCAAGAUUCCAUGAUGAAGCUCAAGGGAAUUGUUGCUGCGGCUCGUUCGAAAGGAGAACAUAAACAGAAAAUCUUCUUAACAGUUUCCUUUGGGGGAAUCAAAAUCUUCGAUGAAAAGACAGGGCUACUACAGCACCACCAUGCAGUUCAUGAAAUUUCAUACAUCGCAAAGGAUAUCACAGACCAUCGAGCGUUUGGAUAUGUAUGUGGAAAGGAGGGAAACCACAGAUUUGUGGCAAUAAAAACAGCCCAGGCAGCUGAACCUGUAAUUCUGGACUUGCGAGACCUGUUUCAGCUCAUCUAUGAACUGAAACAAAGGGAAGAAAUGGAAAAAAAGGCACAAAAGGACAAACAGUGUGAACAAGCGGUAUACCAGACAAUUUUGGAAGAAGAUGUAGAAGAUCCUGUAUACCAGUACAUUGUGUUUGAGGCUGGACACGAGCCAAUCCGUGAGCCUGAAAUGGAAGAAAACAUUUAUCAGGUUCCCACCAGCCAAAAGAAGGAAGGUGUUUAUGAUGUGCCAAAAAGUCAACCUGUAAGUGCUGUUACCCAACUAGAGCUUUUUGGGGACAUGUCCACUCCUCCUGAUGUAACCUCUCCCCCAACUCCUGCUACUCCAGGUGAUGCCUUUAUCCCAUCUUCAUCCCAGUCACUUCCUGCUACUACAGACAUGUUUGGUUCUGUAUCUUUCAGCACUGCUGCCGUACCCUCAGGUUAUGUUGCCAUGGGAGCUGUUCUGCCCUCCUUCUGGGGACAGCAACCACUUGUUCAACAGCAGUUGGCCAUGGGUGCUCAGCCUCCAGUUGCUCAGGUGAUGCAGGGAGGACAGCCGAUCGCGUGGGGCCAACCCGGUAUUUUUCCUCCUACUCAGCAGCCGUGGCCAUCUGUAGCUGGUCAGUUCCAACCAACUGCCUUCAUGCCAACACAAACUGUUUUGCCUUUACAAGCAGCCAUGUUUCAAGGUACCAUUGCUCCUAUAGCUACUGUUCCACCCACAAGUGAUUCCAACAGAUCGAGUCCACAGACAGACAGGUCCAGACAGAAAAUGGGAAAAGAAAUGUUUAAAGAUUUCCAGAUGGCUCAGCCUCCACCAGUGCCAUCAAGAAAACCAGAUCAGCCUUCCCUCAGUUGUACCUCAGAGGCCUUCUCAAGUUACUUUAACAAAGUUGGGAUGGCACAGGAAGCAGAUGAUUGUGAUGACUUUGACAUCUCUCAGUUAAAUUUGACUCCUGUGACUUCCACAACACCAUCUACAAACUCACCUCCAACCCCUGCACCCAGACAGAGUUCUCCAUCAAAAUCAUCAGCAUCUCAUACCAGUGAUCCUGCUGCAGAUGACCUCUUUGAAGAGGGUUUUGAAAGCCCAAGCAAAAGUGAGGAGCAAGAGCCUCCUGAUGAGUCUCAGGCCUCAUCCAACAGUGAUCCAUUUGGUGAGCCAACUGGUGAUACUAUAAGUCCACAGGUCGGUAGCUAG